AUGCCUAGACUAUUCAUGCAUUUUAUUAGACCCGAUGUUGACUCACCCGCUAGACCGUUGGUGUCCCUUCCCCGGGUUGCCACAGUGGUUGGCACAUCAGCCGGAACCCCGCCAGUCGUCGUUAUAAGACCAGUUACUGCUUCCCCUGGUAUCGCUACCAUUACUAGCAGCGGUACCACAGGUACCAUUCGAAUAACCCCUUUGGCUUCACAGUCCAUUAAACUGGCUUCAUCCAGUCCGAUAGUGCGAUCAGCUGUCCCAACCUCCACAAUCAGGCCCAUUUUACUUCAUCCUCCUGGUCCGAAACCAGAACCUUCUCCGUCUCCUGAUGUGCAAGCACCUCCAGUCAAACAGGAGCCAGCCUCAAGCACACCACCCGUUACUGCAACUGGCUCACAACGAAAUGUGAUCAGGGAAAUGCAGGUCAGAGUACCCAACAGAAAGGAUAAGCGCUUCAGUGUGUUGCGCUUUCACGCAGUAGACCAUCCAGACCUUUCCUCAGGAAUUGAAGUUUUCAUGCAAAGGGAGAACAACUUGAAACUUUUCCGGGCUGCACAUAACAUCACUGAUGCACCGGAACGUGGAGCGGGCAGUGAGUUCGGUCGUGAGAUGAAGGAGGAGGCUCGGUUGAAGAAGUAUGGCAUCGUACGUGAAAACUACCGUCCCGACGACCAGCCGUGGCUCAUGACGGUUGGCAAAGGUAAAACUGGACGACGCCGUUUCAGAGGGGUACGGGAAGGCAGCGUCUCAGAAAACGUUGAAUAUUUCGUAUUUUGCCAGUGCAAAGAUGGUAAUUUUGACGCCUAUCCCAUUCAUGCUUGGUACAAAAUGAAACCAGAAAUCAACUAUCGUUUUCUGCGUGGUGACGAGGCGGAGAUCGAAUAUAGCCGAUUACACAAGACCAUGAAUCUGUUCAACGUGAUGAUAAAACGCAAGUUGGCCGAUGGGGAAGUGGAGGAUGACACUGCGGGCAGCACCAACAGAGAUAAAGAAUUGGGGAAGGAGCUCAGAUACCUCUCUGUCGCAACAGAAAAUAAACUCCGCACCGGAAAGGAUUCUGAGCUUGGAGCCAAUGAGUCAAAAGCAAAUUCCCGAAGAUCAAACCGAGCUCUCAAGUUGACGGAUUUGGAAGAGGUGCAGAGUACAAGUGACUUGGAAGAAGAAGAGGAUGAGAUGGAGGCGGACGCGGACCCGGAUGGUCAAAUCGGAGGUGUUUCUGAAGGAUCUAGGCCGGGAUCCAGCAAUUUCAAGUCCGCCAGUCUUGACUCAUCCAAGUCUUCGGCGAAUGCAAAAUCUCAGCUCGAGAAAGCUCGCCUUUUGAAAAAAAAGCAACGCGACGCUGCACUUGUGGCACGAAUGCGCCGUUGCGCCAGAAUACGAAAAGCGCGAAAGCGACAAAUUGCAGGCUCCUCAUCAGAAGAAGAUGAUCCCUUAGAUGAGGCUCGGGACGAUAGUGAGGUGGAUGAUAGGGAAGGAGACGAGGUUAGCCGCUGCUUUUGUCGCACGCUGCCUUCUAUCUCACUUGGUUAA